AUGACUCUUAGAAAAUCGGCUUCUCUAGCAAUUCUUCCACUGGUAAUGCUAUUACUGGUGGUGGGUUCUGAAGCUGGAGGAAUUGCUAUAUACUGGGGACAGAAUGGAAAUGAAGGGACAUUGUCUGAAACUUGUGCCACAGGCAACUACAAUUUCGUGAUCCUGGCGUUUCUUUCAUCUUUCGGUAAUGGCCAGAAACCCAUGAUCAAUCUAGCCGGACACUGUGAUCCAUACAGCAAUGCUUGCGUUGGUUUGAGUUCUGACAUAAAAUCCUGUCAAACCAAAGGAAUCGAAGUGAUACUUUCGAUUGGAGGAGGGGCCGGAGGGUAUACCCUUUCCUCGUCUCAGGAUGCGAGGGAUUUGGCAACUUACCUGUGGAACAACUUCUUGGGAGGGAAAUCCUCGUCUCGCCCUCUUGGGAAUGCUGUGUUGGAUGGAAUUGACUUUGAUAUUGAAGGUGGCACAUCUCAACAUUGGGAUGAACUUGCUCGGUAUCUUUCUAAAUAUAGCACCAGAAGUAAGAAGGUGUACUUAACGGCUGCUCCUCAAUGCCCAUUUCCUGAUACUUGGGUCGGCGGUGCCUUGAAAACUGGCCUUUUUGACUAUGUCUGGGUUCAGUUUUACAAUAACCCUCCUUGCCAAUACGCUUCUGGAGAUAUUUCCAAUCUGAAGAAAGCAUGGAAAGAAUGGAUUUCGUCUAUUCCUGCAACUAAGAUUUUCCUAGGAUUACCAGCAGCACCAGACGCCGCCGGAAGUGGCUUCAUCCCAGUUGCUGAUCUGACUUCGACAGUUCUUCCAGCUAUUAAGGGUUCUACAAAAUACGGAGGUGUUAUGCUGUGGUCCAAGUACUAUGAUGAUCAAACUGGAUACAGCUCUUCCAUUAAAAGCCACGUCUAA